AAUGGCAAUCAUUUAAGUUCACAUCACUCUGGAGGGAAUGCCACUGAAGAUAAAUAGAUCGAUCUGCAAUCGUUAUUUCAAAUCAUAGAUCUCCUACAAAAUAAUUUCUUACGCUCAAACUCUUUAAUGGCCAAUCGUUCCUUAUCCUAUACAUCAUUCUUUACCAUUUUGCAGCUCUUAUGGAGUUAUACCUUGUAUGCCAAUGGAUGCUACACUUCAAUCAUCAGCUUCGGAGACUCCCUAGCAGACACUGGUAACCUAAAACAGCUUACCUCUGAACUAAAUCAACCUCCAUUACAUUUAUUUUUACCACCUUAUGGUGAAACCUUUUUUCAUGAGCCCACUGGUCGUUGCUCCAAUGGUCGCCUCAUCAUUGAUUUCAUUGCUGAGUACCUAAACCUGCCAUUGGUACGACCAUUUUUCAAUGGCAAUGGGGGCAUGGAAUUGGGACAAGGAGUAAAUUAUGCGGUGGCAUUUGCAACUGCAUUAAAUAAUUCAUUUCUUGAAGCCAGAGGGGUUUAUAACCCUAUAACGACAAAUAUAUCUUUAGGAGUUCAGCUGGAGUGGUUCAAAGAAUCGAUUUGUGCAAAUGUUUCAGAUUGCAGUCACCUAAUCGAACAUUCCUUAUUUCUCAUGGGUGAGAUUGGAGGAAACGAUUAUAACCACGCCUUACUUGCUGGGAAAUCCAUCGAUGAGGUUGGAACAUAUGUUCCAUUUGUUGUCCAGACCAUUAUCUUAGCGAUUAAUGAACUUGUUGAGAUGGGGGCCAAGACAGUACUUGUACCAGGAAACCUACCAAUUGGAUGCUCUGCAGCAUAUUUAACAUUGUACAAUAGCUUUGAUUCUACAGAAUAUGAUAAUUUAACUGGUUGCCUUAUACAAUUUAACAAGUUUGCCGAGUACCACAAUGAACUUCUAGUGACAAAAUUAAACCAAAUUCAAGAACUUCAUCCUGAUGCCAAUAUCAUCUAUGCUGACUAUUACAAUGCAGCCAUGCAAUUUUUUCGUUCUCCGGAAAAAUAUGGAUUUGAAAAUGGAGCUCUAAAAGCAUGUUGUGGAGGUGGAGGGACAUUUAACUAUAACGAUUCAAUACUAUGUGCAAACCCAACAGCAUCUGUCUGUUCUAAACCAUAUACAUAUGCUAAUUGGGACGGAUUACACUUAACGGAAGCAGCAUAUAAAGUUGUCAGCAAGAGCUUAUUGCAAGGACCAUACACGGUGCCCCAAUUCAACUCCCUUUGCCCUACUUCAAUGUUAAAAGAGGGAGAUGAAUUAUCAAGUUUUAUGCGUCGGAGCUGGUAUACAUUUGUCACCCUAGACUUGCCGGUCUAA